GCAGCUGCAGGGGGAUGCUCAGGGAAGGGGCCCUGCACCCCCACCCCAGCAACAUCUCCGGCUUUCGGGAACUUUCGGACACCCCGGCAAAGGCUGGUGGCACCUCAGACACCCCAGGAAGCGACAGCGGGACAGACACCCCCCAGGGUGAAGUGGGAGUCCCUCCUGCUGCCCCCCCGAUCCCCCCACCACCCACGCACUGCUGCGGAACCGGCUGCCCCAGCUGCGUCUGGGUUGGGUACGUGGAGGAGCUGCUGGAGCAGUACCGGGAUGGCGGCGCACGGGCCUUGGCCGCCAUUGAGGAACACGUGGAGGAUGAGAACAUUAAAAUGAUCCUCAGGAUGGAGAUCAAGCUGCGUACGGAGAAGAAAUGAUCUUCCCCCAGCCCCUAAA